AUGCUAUUCCGGCAUGUGAAUGGCCGGAAGAGAUCGCUAGGCCUAGGUUUCUGCUGCAUUGCCGGUGUCGUGCGCUCCUCCAGCGCCAGCAACCUAGAAGCGCUUCUGGAGGCUGCGGAAUCAUCGCCAGAUCGCGAGAGGAUCAGCCAUCUCCUGAAGCUGUGUGGGCAUUUCAAGGCGCUGCCGCAGGCCCAGAGGCUCCAUCGACUGAUCUCUUCAAGCGAUGGCGAUGGCAGGCUUGACGAUGGAGAUUACUUCUUCGCGGAUGCAAAGAGAUGGAGUCAAGCCCGACCACUUCACGCUCGUCACGAUCUUAAAUCUCUGCCAGGCUCCAGAAGAUUUGGAGCUGGGGAUUGGGAUCCACAGGAGGAUCGCGAGAAUGUUGUGGUCGGGAAUGCACUGGUUGGGAUGUACUCGAGGUGUGGAAGUCCAGAGCUCGCCAAGAGAGUGUUUGAUAGGCUGGUUUACCGCGACUUAGCGACUUGGAACGGUAUUCUCUCGGCCUUCUCUCAAGAACAGGAUGGUUCCAGUGACACUUUCCAGAUCUUCCGGACAAUGCUGCAGGAAGGGACGGCUCCAAAUCGGCAGAGUUUCGUCACCAUUUUGGAAGCUUGCUCGAGCUCGAGAGAUUUGUCAAGGGGACGGGAGAUCCGUGUGGGUUUACAGGGCUGUGGACUCGACUCGAACAGCUUCGUAGCUACAGCACUGAUUAACUUUUAUAGCCGGUGCGGGGAUUUGGACGAAGCACGGAGAGUUUUCUCGGGAGUUUGCAAGCAAGACGUGGUUUUGUGGACGAGCAUGGCAUCAGAAAACUACAACACGACCAAGGUGGCCUCUACAGAAGAAUGCAGCUAG